AUGAAAUAGUAAAUUAAAUAAGAUGAAUCUGUUCAACCUAUGAUAAUUCUAUAACCAUCUUAAUACAAGUUCAUGAUUUUUAUGGACACUUCUCUUUAAAAAGAUGUAGAUAAACUAUAUAUCAAAUAAUCUAAAUAGAUGUAUUAAAUUAUUUCUUAUUCCACAUUAGCAUUGAUAAAGAGAGAAUUGCUAAAAUAUAAUAAGUCAAGGAUUAAGUGAGAAGUCUUAGAGAAAUCCUAAAUGAUUAUUAGACAUAAUAAAAUGAAAUUGAUAGUCUUAAGUAACAAUUACAGAAUUAGAUCAAAGUUAUUUUGUCUAAAGAAUAAAUUAUUAAAAAUAUUGAAGAUACUUACAUGCAAUAAAUGGAAGAAGUAAAUGGUCACAAUUUAUUCGUAGAUUAAAAACAAUUAUGAACAACGAUAAUUUGAUUUAGUCAAAGAAUGUGAACAAUUAAAAUUAAGAAACAAAGAAUUAGAAGAAAUUAAUUUGAAAUAUCUUUCCCAAAAUGAUUAAUUACUUAAAACAAAUAAUAACUUAUAAUAAAAAGUUAGUGAAUUGGAAAUCAAACUCACUUAAGUUGAAAAGUGCAAUUUGAUAACCUCUCAUGAAUUAGAAUAAUUAAAAGAAAUUAGAGCAGGAGCAUUAUUUAUUCAAAGCGCAUAUUAAAUAUUAAAAUAAUAAUAUCAUGUUAGCAAUAUUUAUACUCUUUUGACUAAUAAAUUUAAAUCUACCAUCUUAUCAUUUUUAGAACCUAAAGAUAUAUUUUCUUUAAUGUUGACAAACAAAUAAAUGUAUUUUAUUAUCUAAAAUAAUCGAUCAUUAUUAAAUUUUAUUGUAAAUUAUAGAACUUAGGUCUUAAAUAAAGAAAUUAAAUAUUUAAAAACUGAAUCUAAGUAAUUUUAUAAUUUUAUUUAGUUAUUUUAAUGAUAUGGUUUAUCAAGUUCCUGAAGAAAUUAUUUAACUUGGAAUUGCUAAAUUUUUAGUUUUCAAAUUUAAUGUUGGAUAAUAUAUGAAUGAAAUAUUUAAUGAUGCUUUUGAAUUAAUUGAGGGUAAAUUUUAAAAUUAAUAAUAAAUUAAUUAGUAAUAAUAAUAAUAAAUAUAAAAUGACUCUGUUUAUUAGAAUGAAGAUUUACUAGGACUAGGAGAAACAGAUGAAUAAUAAUAGUAAAAAUAACAAAAUUAAACACAAAAUAAUGUAACAUAAAAUGCUUCAAAUCUCUUUACAAAAAUAAAAUCGUAUACAUAAAACACAAAUAAAAAUAUUAGCAACAGUCCUUCCUAACCAUAAUAAAGUAAACAAGCUAAAUCCUUAAGUGAUUUAUCAAUACAACUUCAAUAAGAAUAUAAAGAUAUAGAUUAAUUAAUUCUAGAAUCUUUAUAGGUUCCAUUUCUUAAAGCUUAAAUAAUAUAAACUAGAAGAGAAAUGGUUGAUCUUGUUAAAAAAAGUAUAUAAAUUAAUCAACAAUUAUUUUAAACUGGACGAAAAUGUAUCCCAACAUCCAAUUAUCAACCUAAAUUUACAAUUUAAGACUUUAUGUCCGCUUUAUAAAUGACCUUCUCUAAAUUUGUUGCUCAUGGACAUUAUCUUCAUUUAGAAUCUCAAUAAUUGUAAUAAUUAUGCAAUUACUUUUCAAAACUAAUUUUAUAAUAGCAUAAAUAAAUUUAUUAAUUAAAAUCAUAAAUAGAUGACUAUAAAGUUGAAUUAGAUUCUUAAAAAGAAAUGAAGUAUUAUAUCUAAGAUAGAGCAAAAAGAUUUGAAGAAAGAAUUAUUAAAGCUGAAGAAUAAAUCUUUACUUUGAAUAAAUUGAAUUAUGAAUAAAAAGCAAUAAUUUAGUCUUUAUAAAAAAAAGAAAAAUAUUUAGAAGAUAGUAAUAAAGAAAAAGAACAAAAAAACUAAACCUUAUUUUAGGCUGUCAAAUAAAUUAAAGUAGAAAAAGAUCAAGUUGAAACUAAAUUAAAUUAAGUCUUAAUGAACUUUAAAAAUAUGAAAAAUGCACUUGGUAAAAUAGUAUGA